UAGACAUAUCAAAAACGUAUUCAUCAGAAUUUUUGAUAUCUAUGUUAAAACUUCUAAGCGUUUAAAUGUUAUUACAGCAUUAAGUAAACCUACAGAAAUUAUCCUUAUUAGUUAUCACACUGUGACCGCAAGGUUUGCUCUUCAUGCUACUAUCGUAUUCAUGUUUAUUUUCUUAUUCUAUACUGUAUGAAUUUGUUGGUUAAUGUUAAUCAAUCUCUCAAGAGUCAAGAUGAAGGAAAGAACUGGAUAUCCGUAAAGAGAAAGGUUAAAAUACACCUGAUGGGAAUUUUCGUCACGUUGUCGUAAUCAGUCAUGUGGUACUACAGUAACUACACCCAUAUUCUCUUUGAUAAUGAGUAUCAGACAGCAGCCUCAUUCGCCAGACAUUCAACUGUGUUCCAAUCAUGGGAAAUCUUGUCCUCCAGCCGCUAGUUUGUUUUCUAAAUUGAUUCAGCACGAUGAUGCUCAUCACUUAUUAAAUGCCCAAUUUAAUCGAAAACCUUCUGGUCCAGUCGUUGCUUCGAUCUCAUCUCCCGUUUUACUGCAUCAUCCCGCAGACAGAAAUGUCGAAGCAUAUAUUAAGGAGAACGGUGCCCACAAGCCGUCGCCGCUACCCGGCCCUACAUCCAUGUGGAAGAACUGCUUCCAUAAGCAGUCCGAUCUUUCUUCGUCAGUUAUUGUACCGAAAUCCAAAUCUGAUGUGGGACCACGCUACCGCGCUACAAAUACUGACAAUAAUGCGCCCACACACCUCGGUCCGCAGCUGCAAAAAUCUCGAAGCUCAUUUCUCAAGAAUCUCCGCUUUCCCCGAAUAUUGCCGUUCCGUUCCGUAUCUAAAUCUACUUCUGUGAUCCAGUCUACCGUGGUAGAUGCCCCUAUUCCUGAAAACCGGGCUCUUUCGUCAAAGAAGGAGUCAGUACCGUCUAUGGAAGACGAAAGCACGGCUGGCCCGGAGUCUGAUGUAUUCCGGCGCAGCGCCACCAAACUGCCUAGCGCCAGUCGGUUGCCGGCGAAGUCCAUUUCCGCUAGGCCGACUACACAAAAUCCAUCACUUUUACUCGAUGAUGAUUUGGGAUUGCCAUCGCUGGCCACGCCACAGCAUGCAGACAUGGCUUGCGCUCGUUCCAGAACGGUCGCAACGAACGCUCGUACCCAAGGCCCAGUGUCCCAUGCUGUACGGGAUCCCAAAAUACAGGAACGUUUUACUGAAAUACGCAAUCGAUGGGCGAAAACAGCUAGAAUGCUGGAAGCGUCGAAAUGGACACUGGGAAAUAAACAAGAGCACGAAAAGCGCAUUGAAAAGCUCUUUAUCGAAGCUCAAGGGGAACAGUCGUACUGUGAUGUGGUGAUUGCUACCAGUGACCAUCAUACAAUAUAUGCCCAUUCUCUGGUUUUGGCUGCCCAUAGCAAAGCGUUCGAAAGACGCAUUCUGGAUAUGAACCCCGGAACAGGCCUCCCGGCUGUAUACAGUUUGAAUUUAAGUGAUAAGGUCACGGGGCCAGAUGUGGCGAAAGCAGUCGAGUGGAUGUAUCGUGGACACUGCCGAAUUGCUUCCGAUCGGCUUAUGGAUCUGACUAAAACAGCCCGAUUCUUCAAUAUGGUGCCGUUGGUGGUGGAAUGUCUGCGGCGCAAGGCAGCUAUCGACCUGGGUGACCAUCGGCGGGCGCGCCGGCACAUGGAAAAACAACUGCAUUACGAGCCGCUGCAUCUGUCCGAUCCCGGAGAUGUGGAGCCAGAAUCCCAUCAUUCGCACACCGUGAGAACCUUGUCCAAACACGAUAGCACGGCGGUAUAUGAAAAUUACCGCGAAAGAAACGAGGAGCUGGAUCAACACGAAACCGUAUCGGACGAACCAAUAAGUCGCAGGACGAAUAUUGCUGCCAAAAUAGAUACCGCCGGUAAACUUGACGAUGCUCCGCGCGAAGGUAUUUCUCGUGCAACCGUCUCCAGAAUAGAAGAGGAUGAUGUUUCCUUGAGGAAUAAAUCGGCGGAAAGCAUCCAGACGGUCGUUUCACUUACGGCACAACAGAUGUGUGAAAUCCUCAGUGAUGAUAAUUUGCAAAUUCAGUCCGAGUUGGAAGUACUGGAUGCAGCGAUGUCCUGGAUCGACUGCGCUCCGACGCAGAGGCAAAUUUUUAUUCACCAACUGCUGAAUUGUGUCCGGUUUUAUUAUGUUUCUAACGAUGAAUUGAAGCAAUGUUUUAAGCAACAUCCGUGGUAUUUUAAAUUGCCCGCUCUGCGCAAUAUGAUUGGGGAAGCAUUUCGCGCGCGGGCAUUGUUGGAAGCCGGUCAGCCACUGCCCGCUUACUUUAUCAUUCAGUCAAAUCGGUGUCAGAAUAAAAAACAAAGUAUAUAAACCAGCCCAUAU